UCUCAAAGCAAUAUGCUUCCCUUGCAGCCAGCUCGUCGUAAGACUCUCUUCACUGAAGCAGGAGUGAUGAAGCACCGCAAGAAGAAUAAUCUUUCCUUAUUUGUUGUAGUUUUCUCUUUGUUUUUGUUUGGGGUUUUCAUGUACAAUGAGGACGUGAAGUCCAUAGCAGAGUUUCCAUUUUCAAGUCCUAAAGCUAGUGAAAUCCAAGAGGAGCAAUCCAAACAAAGCAACCCAGUUCAAGAUACUAUCAAUAACAAGAAAGAAAACGUAGUGUCAUUGAACUCAAGAAUUUCACACCAAGAAGAUAACACCAAAAGAAAGACUCUUGAUCAGGAAACAACAAAGGAACCUGAUCAUGUCUUGAAAUCCAUAGUGGUGAAAGAUGAUAAGCAAAGGCUUGCAGAAGAUAAAGAAGAUGAUGAGCAGAAGAUAGAAGAGAAAGAAGAAGAACAAAAGAUUGAGCUACCAGUCGUUGAAGAAGAUGAUGAGGAUGUUGAAUUGCCUCCGGAAGACUGUGAUCUCUUCACAGGACAGUGGGUUUUUGACAAUGAAACACAUCCUUUAUACAAAGAAGAUGACUGUGAGUUUCUUACAGCACAAGUUACUUGCAUGAGGAAUGGAAGAAAGGAUUCUUUCUAUCAGAAUUGGAGAUGGCAGCCUAGAGACUGUAAUUUACCCAAGUACAAACCAAGAUUAUUGCUUGAGAAGCUGAGGAAUAGAAGACUUAUGUUUGUUGGAGACUCAUUGAACAGAAAUCAAUGGGAAUCCAUGGUUUGUCUGCUUCAAUCUGUUGUCCCUCCUGGAAGGAAGAGCUUGAACAAGUCAGGGUCUCUCUCAGUGUUUAGAAUUGAGGAUUACAAUGCAACAGUGGAGUUUUAUUGGGCCCCUUUUCUGGUGCAAUCAAAUUCAGAUGACCCAAACAUGCACAGCAUCUUGAAUCGUAUAAUCAUGCCUGAAUCAAUCAAGAAACAUGGCAAGAACUGGAAGGAUGUGGACUACUUGGUCUUCAACACCUAUAUCUGGUGGAUGAACACUUUCACUAUGAAAGUCUUACGAGGAUCGUUCAAUAAAGGGGACACAGAAUAUGAUGAGAUCGAACGACCAAUAGCAUAUAGUAGGGUAUUGACCACAUGGUCUAAAUGGGUUGAUAAAAAUGUGAACCCAAAUCGAACCACUAUCUUCUUCAGCAGCAUGUCUCCUCUUCAUAUCAAGAGCUUGGACUGGAACAACCCAGAUGGGAUCAAGUGUGCCCUGGAGACUACCCCAAUUCUCAACCAGUCAAUGUACCUAAAUGUGGGCACUGACCGCAGGCUAUUUGUCAUUGCCAGCAACAUUACCCAAAACAUGAAAUUCCCUGUCCAUUUUAUUAACAUUACAAGCCUUUCAGAAUACAGAAAAGAUGCACAUACCUCAGUCUAUACCAUCCGCCAAGGCAAAAUGCUGACCCCGGUGCAGCAGGCUGACCCAGCCACUUAUGCUGAUUGUAUCCAUUGGUGCCUUCCAGGGUUACCCGACACAUGGAACGAGUUCCUCUACACCCGUAUCAUUGCUCGCUCGUGACAGUUACACGUAGACAUAAUUCACAUUAUCCAUUUACUUUUUGUUCCUCAGUCAAUUGUUUUUCUUGUAAGCUUCUGCAAUUUUCUCUUCAACAUUUGAUCAGAUGUAUAGCUUCAUACAGGGUUUUUAGUUUUUCCUUUAUUGAUUUACCAGGGACUGAUGUUGGGAGCCAAGAAUGCCAAAUUUGAUCGCUCAAUGAGCAAAAGCUGGCCUAAGCCAAUGCACAAAGUUGUACAAUGCAAAUGUUGACAAACAUAAUUUCCUUUUCAUACACCAUCAAUUCUUUCUUCAAUUCAUUCUUUGUUUUUCUUCCUUUUCUUUUUCUUUACAUAUUAGAGCUUCUUAUUGGCCUCAAUAGAGUCAAUUCAAUUCAUGGAAAUUGCUCAAGAACCCCUUUAGAUU